GUGGUCUGCAUUUGCUCUCCAUUAAGUAACAGUUUGUUCCAAUUCCACUAUUUGAGCCAGUCGUUAAAUCAGGUAAAUCGGAGUAUAUUGAAAACAUCUGGAGUGUACACGACGAUUUAGGGAAACAUAUCUUUAGGGUGAAUCGAUUGCUCUUAGGUCCAAAUCAAGAUGUUCUACACAUGUGGACCCAAUGAAGCCAUGGUGGUGUCUGGCUUUGGUCGUUCCCCUCCUCUAAUGAUCGCUGGAGGAAGAGUGUUUGUCCUCCCCUGUAUUCAACAGAUCCAGAGGAUCACUCUGAACACCCUGACUCUGAAUGUGAAGAGUGAUAAGGUGUACACCCGUCAUGGAGUGCCCAUCUCUGUCACUGGCAUCGCCCAAGUGAAGAUCCAGGGUCAGAACAAGGAGAUGCUGGCCACAGCCUGUCAGAUGUUCAUGGGGAAGUCUGAGGCUGAGGUCUCCAACAUCGCCCUGGAAACACUGGAGGGGCACCAGAGGGCCAUCAUCGCCCAUCUGACUGUUGAGGAGAUCUACCAGGACCGUAAGAAGUUUUCUGAGCAGGUGUUCAAGGUGGCCUCCUCUGACCUGGUCAACAUGGGCAUCGGCGUGGUCAGCUACACGCUCAAAGACGUUCACGACGACCAGGACUACCUCACCUCCCUGGGUAAAGCUAGGACAGCUCAGGUGCAGAAGGAUGCCAGGAUCGGAGAGGCUCAGUACAAACGAGACGCGGUGAUCCGUGAGGCCCAGGCCAUGCAGGAGAAGGUGUCGGCCCAGUAUCUGAAUGAGAUCGAGAUGGCCAAAGCCCAGAGAGACUACGAGCUGAAGAAGGCCUCCUACGACUACGAGGUCAACACCAAGAAGGCAGAGUCUGAGAUGGCCUAUCAGCUGCAGGUGGCGAAGACGAAGCAGCGGAUUGAGGAGGAGACGAUGCAGGUGAAGGUGGUGGAGAGGUCUCAGCAGAUCAUGCUGCAGGAGCAGGAGAUCACCCGCAAGGAGAUGGAGCUGGAGGCCAAGGUGAAGAAGCCUGCUGAGGCAGAGAGAUACCGUCUGGAGAGACUGGCUGAGGCUGAACGUGCACAGCUCAUCAUGGAGGCCGAGGCAGAGGCAGAGUCCAUCAGAAUGAGGGGCGAUGCUGAGGCGUUUGCUCUGGAGGCUAAAGGUCGUGCCGAGGCAGAGCAGAUGGCUAAGAAGGCUGAGGCCUUUAAACAGUACGGGGAGGGAGCCAUGGUGGACAUGCUGCUGGAGAAACUACCACUGAUAGCAGAGGAGAUCAGCAGGCCCCUCUCCAUGGCCCAGAAGGUUACCAUGGUUUCCAACGGCGGGGGUGAGGUGGGCGCGGCCAAGCUGACCGGAGAGGUUCUGGACAUCAUGACCAGACUACCAGCUGCUGUGGAGAAACUCACUGGAAUCAACAUCUCACAGGUUGGCCUGUCCACCCGAAUGGGCUGAGAAUGGAGCCCAGUGACUGAGACAGUCGCACUGUCAGACCAGGAACUCCAGACUGCCUCCUUGUGCCUAUAAUUAUUAUUACCUAGUGUAGUUGUCUGUCUGUCUGUCUGCAUGCAUGCAUGUCUCCUUAGGGCAUGUCUCAACACUCUUAUUCGGCCUCCCCUCUUGCUUCCUGGGCCUUGUUGGCACUGAUCUGAAAACAGAGGAUGGUUCCUAGCUGUAUGUUGUAGGCCUACUGGGGCAGUUUGUGUCUCCUGGUCAUUCAUAACUCUGUUAGAUCAGCUUGGAUGAAGGAAAGAAAAGCACUUUGGACUUGCAUGACACAGCCUUAGUAGUUCUGGUAGUAACUCAGCCUCCACCAUUCUGUACUCUUUUCCCCGUCCGUUAUUCAGUGUGUUUUAAUCACUGCUUCAAGCCUGCCUUUCUGUCUCCCUCUAUUACAGGUUUGGGUCCAUAUCAACUGUUCAACUGUUUCUGCCUGUCACAUAGUUGUAUUUUGUAAUUCAUAGAAUGUUAUUUCAUUGGGAUGUGGUUGUGUUUGGGAAAUGAUCUUUUCAUUCUCAGUGCCUUUUUAUUGUUCAUAUAAUAAUAGUGUGGCAGUAUGAGGUCAUCCAUGUCAUUGUUGGGUUUGUCAGCUGAUUGUUUUGUCAACAUCUGCAGUUGUUCUAGAAGGUUCUCAGCAUCGAAAGCUUGCUUAGUUGCUAUCAAUUGCUUUGCAAAUGAAGAAGAAAUGAUUUUUACUUUCACUGGGAAGAAAUGUCCACAAUCAGAAUUUAGAUAAUGGUAGUCAUGUUAUUAUACAUAACGAUGUUCUAUCUUGUUGACCUCUGCAUGCUCUCUGCAUGCCUUACAGCAUUCUAGUACCUCUGUCUACCACUUUAUGGACAAAGUAGUUUUCCACUAUGUGCUCCCCUGACAGUAGAUCCUAGAUCAGUCUAUCUACUGAUAUCUAUAGAAUGGCCAGUGCCUUGUUUUAAAGUCUAAUCAUAUCAGUACAAGCCAUAUUACAAUAGAAGCCAAGUUACAUGCAGAUUAUGCUGGUUUUUGUAAGUCUGUGUUUUAAGAUUUGUGGGCUUUUUGCCAUGACUCUGCCAUUUGUGGGGGAUGAGAUCACAAACUAUAUGAUGGGUUGUCACUAAACCUCUUCUCUCUGUUGGUACAAUACUGGCAUAGACACAAUCAAGGGAGUACCGACUCUGAUGGUACCUAAUCUAAUUACCAAAGCAAAAAACAAUGAACUACAGAUUCUCUGUUACUAUAGUGUUGUUUAUCCAACAGACAGAUUGUCAUCUACACCAUUUAUGGCUUAGUUCCAGUGUGUUUCUAAACCCUAGACUGAUUAGAUCAGAGCUUCUACUGUGCUAUUACUGUAUAAAGGUGUAGAUUUUCUGUGAAGUGAUUGGAAGGGAGGGAGCAGACUGGGGUUUUCCUGCUGAAGACUAACCUCAGAAGUCUCUUUAUCUAGGUCAGGUGUACUGUCAGUCACGUGGUGCCUGGUGGAUGUGCUGUUUGAGGUGAAGGUAUGUGUGUAGAUGAGGGGAAUGGAGAAACUAGCCUGGGUGCCAGUCUGUUUCUGCUUUCUUGUCAAAUCCUUAUAGAAUUGCCAUGUCAAACAUGUUUCCCUUGACAAUGACAAUGGAACAGGCAAAAACACAAACAGACCUGGGACCAGGCUACAGACACUACUGUAGUGGACUUCCAUUAAGUUACAUGGUCCGGUGAGGUAUACAGGGACCUUCUAUAGACUGGAGUAGACCAUAUACAUUUUAAUCAGGAGCUAUCCUUUCAUAUUGUAAUAUUAUCAUUAGAAUGGUGUAUUUUUGUUGUGCUGGUCACACCUCUGUUUGAUCCUUUUGUAGUAUAGGGUUGUUGUAGUUGUUAGGGACUUGUUCUAUACCAUAGAAAUAGAAUCCUUCUAAUUCUAUAGCACUGCUCGGGAUUCUAGAAGCUACUUUUCUCUACCGGAUUGAAUACUACCCCAAAGCUUACAUUGCUAUCUGGCUGUCUAUGCAUUUUCUUACCAAGUACCUGACUAAGUUGAAAGAUUCCCAUUUUUCUCUCAACCUAAAGGCUAAACUAUCACCCCAGGUUAAACAUGAACAAUCUAGAGGCAUGCUACGUCCUAAAGAUAUUAAUGAAAGCCAAUUUCGCCAAACCAAUUCUACUGCUUUCACUUAUGCACACACCUGUAUAUUACAUCAGUCAAUGACGUGUGACUUAACCUUUUCCUGUACUGUAGCUGCUCUUAGUUAAAUGUGAUUUGUGUUUAUUUUUGUCUAUACUUUGUUGACUUGCCAAAAUAAUCCUGGCCCCCAUGUAGUGUAAACUUGGUAUGCAAGUGCACUAAGUUAUGAAUAUUAUAAAAAUUUGGAAUUCAAUUAUUGUAACAUCAUAUAAACACAAACUCUGAUUUCCUAACGUAAA